CCAUUAUGCAUAGCGAUUCAGAACAUGAGUGUUUCUCUACUGUAGUUUCUUUUGUAAAUUAUAUUAGAUAGACCUACAGCUUCGACACCCAGAUAUUGCCAGACACUGUGAUGUACUCUAUACGAUGUGAUCUGCAUAUGUAGUACGUAACUCGAGCAAUAUGGAAACCGGAAAGGAAAGAGAGAGGGACGUAGAUGAGAAACGGAGUGGAGACGAACGUAGACAUCGUCAUCGAGAAAAACACAGAGAUAGGUCGCCGGUUAACAAGAGAGAAUCUGAAAGACAUGACAGUGGUGAUAGAAGUUAUACGUCUAGACAUAGUAGAGGAAAGAAAUCGGAGCGAGAUCCAUACGGUGAUGAUAAGCAUUCGGGCAAACACAGCAGCAGGAGUGAACGCUUCCUUGACAGUGGGUGCCGAUCGUCGCACAUGGAGUCGUUGAAAAGUUCAACAAAAAGCAGAUUCCUCAAACCCGGCGAGUCCUCCUCGGUGAUGGCAAAUCAAUCGAAAACUUAUUCGUCCUCAGGCAGCAUUCCUGGCUGGAAGCGUAAAGAUUUUGUGCAAGCGAAAGUGGUCGAAGAAAAUCCGCACAUGGAAUUAAUUCAAGAUGAGGCAGUUGUACCUCCGUCUGAUGCCGCAAGUAAAGUUGAUUCUUUGGCUUUGCCAGCAUAUUCUAAACACGACCCUGGCCGUGGAGAGACGAGUUCCGACAAAAAAUCAGCACCGCGGAUGACGGAAGAUGAUCUAAACAAGCUCGGAGCGAAACUCCUGCGUGCUGAGCUUAUGGGCAACGAAGAACUUGCUGCUAAGCUAAGGCAACAAAAAGCAGAUGCGCAUAAAGCUAUGGACGAUGCUAAAUCGGCGAAGAAGUCUGCUAACGAGCAAUCGGGCAGCGACGAGAGUGACAACGAUAAGGAACGAGAAGAGACUGGCAGAGUCUCUCAAAGAGAAACGCCGCUGGGCGGUCACUGGGGCGCUAGCGAACUCGCGCCGAAAAGAGCCGUCUCGCAGCAGCGAAAGUUCGAGCGCUCCAUCGACAAAUGCAAACUGUGCUUCGAGAACGCCGACCUGAAGCGCCACCUGGUGAUCGCCGUCGGCAUCCGCUGCUACGUCUGCCUCCCCGCCCACAGGUCGCUCGCCGACGGCCACUGCCUCGUCGUUCCCAUGCAGCACGUUGCCGCGACGACGCUCGUCGACGACGACGUUUACGCUGAGAUGCAGAUCUUCCGCAAGGGACUGACGCGCAUGUUCGCGGAUCGCGACGAGGACGCCGUCUUCAUGGAGACGUGCGCGCGGCCCGGUGCGCAGCGGCACAUGCACGUCGAGUGCGUGCCGGUGCCGCGCAGCGACAUCGACGUUGCGCCGGCGUAUUUCCGCAAGGCGCUCGCCGAGUCCGACGCCGAGUGGUCAGACAACGCGAAGGUGAUCGCGCUGACGCAGGAGCGCGACGUGCGCCGCGCCGUGCCGCGAGACUUCCCGUUCUUCGCCGUCACGUUCGGCGACGGCGGCAGCGGCUUCGCUCACGUGAUCGAGGACGAGCGCCGCUUCCCGGAGUACUUCGGACGCGAGGUCGUCGGAGGGAUCCUCGGCGCGGAGCCGCGGCUCUGGCUGAAUCCGCCGCGAGAGAACUUCGACGAGCAGCGGAAGAAAGCUCUGCUGUUCGCCGAGUGGUGGAAGCCGUAUGAUUGGACGCAUAGGAUAAGGAAGGACAGCUGAACGCGUAGCGAUCGACUGCGCACGUUUCAAUGUGCAAGUGUAUAUAUAGAAGAAUGUUGGAAUAAUUUUCUCCGGUCGUCUAACGUCAUCUGUUUGUACGUUUAUUGUGCAACCUCUCUGUUCCGGGGAAUUUUCCCUAGGCUAGGCCAUAACAAAUAUAUUGUUUGUUUGCCCUCACCCGACCGACCCGCCAAAAAGGGACCGACUCAAAAAAUGUUAUUGAUCUUUC